AUGGAAGAUGGGGGAGGGAUGCAGGCGCUGUUUAGCCGUUUGCUGGGGCUGGCGCUUCUGCAUCGGCAGGUCAGGACAGGCCGGGAAAUGUACUUGUGCACACACCUUGAAAGUGGUGGCAACGAAGGUACCGCCCCUGGGUCGUACCAUCCCAUCGAUCCAUCGCCCGUCCUUGGUCGGGUGUCUUACCGCGCAUUUCUUGCUUUUUUGCCCUGUCGAUUUCUCCCAAUUGCCCAUGUUCCAUCGGCUCUGCCAUCCAAAUUCAGUCCCGUCAUCAAUCAUCCGUUUCCCUCAUCUUGUCUCCUUCUCACCACCUUUCCUCCCUUCCACUUCCUUUUCCUGUUCGUCACCUUCACUUUCGCCAAAUAUCCGACACAAUUAAACAAACCACAGCCAACCCGGCUUCAGUCUCCUUCUCCUCUCCCGUCCUCUUCCCUUCUCUCCUCCAUCUCCCCACACACUCGCUUCGUCACUACAACAAGGAGAAGCCUCGAAUCCAGUAUCAGCCGUGCCGACCGACAUCGUCAAGCUUCACGCACUCGACGUUCGCUUCCCGAUUAUCGUCACUCGCUUGUACCACCUCGCCCCUGGCCGACCGACGUACAAUCGACGAAGGAUCCAGAUCAAAGUCCACUGAAACGCCGCUUCCCAGGACCCGUCCUACGUAUACGAGAAUCUCGCUUCCUCCAAAUACCUACGCUCCAUCCUCCGAAGCCCGGCCCGACCGAACGCUGGUGA